UGACUCCUCUGAAGUUAGGUACAAAGUAUCCUUUCAAAGGCUUAUUGUUUCUGCGACAAACAUGUCUGUAGGAGACUUUGUUCCACAAUUAUCAAAUAAAUGCUGAAAUUAUUUGGUUCUGUAUACAGGUUGUUAAAUGCUGAAAACAGAACAGUUUUGUUCGGUUUCAUUCUAAAACGUAAUUCUCGGAUAAUAACUGAAAAGGAUGAUAGAAUACAGUUUUCAAUUUCUAAAAUUUCCAGACUUGUAACUUGAAAUAAUAUUAUUUAAUCGUUUGCUUUUAUGUCAUAUAAGCUUAGACAAACAUCUGUUCGAUAUACUAGUGGUGGUGUCCAUGUAAGUCACAUAUCCUAUUUAAUUAUAGUUGAAUACGAAAAUCGAUGAAUGUUCAUUUAUAAAGCUGAAGGAUUCAAAUCUAUGAAUGUGCACAAUGCAUUAUUAGCCCUAGAUCACUGACUAAAAGGGAAUUUUCAAGAAACUGGCAUAGCCAUUCAUAAGUGCCACUCUCCCCCCUUUUCAUUCACUAGUUCUAAUCAAUAUGCUUGUUCAUUCAUGUUGAAUUUUGUGUUGUUUCUGGCUUAAUUCACUUUUCAGA